AUGUCGGCACCUCACCCAUUCGAUGGAGCUAAGGACUUUGAAGUCAGAUUGGCUUCCAAGUUAGUCAAGGACUCCUACCCAGCUGAAGCCAAGGUCCACUUCUGUCGUAUCGACAGAUCGGACCCACCAAAGAAGGAUAUGAUCAAGUAUUUGGCAGCUGAAAAGGAAGGUUUGCCAUUACCCAGGAUCCCCAGAGUCUACCACUGCUACUACUGGACUGAAGAAACCCAUUUCAACAAGGCCUUGGUUAACGUUACUGCUGGUCACAUCAUCACCAAGGCUAGACAGCCACAUGGUGUCGUGGGCCCAAUCUUGCCCGAUGACAUGACUGAAUGGGAAGACCACUGCAACAACCACCCUAUCGUGUUGGCUGAGAUUGCCAAGUUGAAGUUGCCAGCUGGAUACACCGUUCGUAACGACCCUUGGAUCUACGCUACCGAUGAUCCAAAUGAAAAGAGACCUUUGAUUCAAAUGUACAUGUACGUUCUUGCUGGAAAUGGCCAUUCUGAAUCGAACCACUACUCAUUGCCUUUGAAAUUCUCGCCAGUUUUCGAAUGUUUCACCAAGAAAUUCGUUAGAAUGGAUUACUUGCCUGGUGGAUUCGAUGAAACCAUUACUCCAACUGGUCCAUGGCAACAGGUUCCAUGUGUCGAGUACCACCCAGACUUGCACGAUGAACAGAAAUACCCAAGAGAUGUCAAGCCUUUGUUGAUUUCUCAACCAGAAGGUCCUUCAUUCUCAGUUAGAGGCUCAAAAGUCAAGUGGCAAGGUUGGGAAUUCAGAGUUGCACCAACUGCUAGAGAAGGUUUUGCCAUUUACGACGUUUGGUUCAAAGGUAGACAAGUGUUUUACCGUCUUUCCCUUUCGGAAAUGACUGUUCCAUAUGGUGACCCUAGAGCUCCAUACCACAGAAAGCAAGCUUUCGACUUGGGUGACGUUGGUUUCGGUGUCUGUGGUAACGCUUUGCAAUUAGGUUGCGACUGUUUGGGAGUCAUCAAGUACAUGGAUGGUAUGGGUAUCCACGGAAACGGUGAGCCUUUUGUGAUCCCAAACACCGUUUGUAUGCACGAGCAAGAUGACGGUUUAUUGUACAAGCACGUCAACUACAGAACCGGUAACGCUGCCGUGGCCAGAAGAAGAAUCUUUAUUGUGCAAACCAUUGCCACCGUUGCCAACUACGAGUACAUCAUCAACUUCAAGUUUGUCACCGAUGGUUCCAUCGACAUUGAAGCUAGAGCCACUGGUAUCUUGUCCACCAUGCCAAUCGACGAAAAUGUCAAGGUUCCAUGGGGUACCAUUGUUGCUCCAAACUGUAUGGCUGCUUACCAUCAACACAUCUUGUCCUUCAGAAUCGACCCUGCCAUCGAUGGUCACAAGAACACCGUUGUGUACGACGACACCGAGAAACUCCCAGUUUCAACCUUGAACCCAUACGGAACCGGUUUCAUCACCAAACGUACCAUUGUUGAAAAGCCAGGUUACGUUGAACAAUCGCCAUUCACCAACAGAUCCUGCAAAGUCAUCAAUGAGAACGUCAUCAACCCAAUCGCCAAGACCCCCGUUGGUUACAAGAUUGAAGUGCCAACUAGACAAAUGUUGUUGAUGGACGACACCUCCUACAACAACAAGAGAGCUCAAUUUGCCACUCAACAAGUUUGGGUCACCAAAUACCAUGACGAUGAGUUGUUCGUUGCUGGUGAGUUCACCAACCAGUCUCAAACCGAUACUGGUUUGGCCUUGUGGGCCAAGAGAGACGAAGCCGUGAGAAACGAAGAUGUCGUGGUGUGGGCCACCUUGGGUUUCACUCACAUUCCAAGAAUCGAGGAUUUCCCAGUUAUGCCCGUCGAGAUCCACAACAUCCACCUUGUGCCUGCUAACUUCUUCGACAAGAACCCUGCUUUGGACAUCCCUACCGCCAACAACGCCUUCAACAAGAGUGUCUUGGUUCCCGGUGAAGCUGAAGAUGCUUGUUGCAAGAACAAGAUAUAA